AUGUCCUAUCCCGCCAUCCUCGCUUCCACGACUGCCCCUGAGGCUGGCGGAGGACACGCGACGCGGAGACAUGUACCCCAUCUGUCGAUUAGCGAUCCAAGCCACCAUGUGACCGAGGCGAUCGGGCAUAUGUACGACGAUGACUACGACCGUAAUGAUAUCAGGCGCCUGAGCUAUAUAUCAUCUCCUCACGCCGAAUCCAUCACAACCAUCCCGCGAGGUCCCGCAAGCCCCAACUCUUUACACACAUCUCAGCCGAGUUCACCGAUCGAGGGUCAGCACAAACAGACAAAUGGACAUCUGCGCCCACCACUGGCUACUCACCGGUCCUAUGAUCGGGACAGUGAUCCCGGCUCCAGCGAGUUAACUCGAUCACCCUCGGAAACCGCGACAUCCUCCUUCCCUCUGAACGAUAUUAACUACGAAUCAGACCCCGCCGCCGUCGUCCAGGAACUGAACAACCUAGCUGCGAUCCGGCGAAUGUCAAUGGACGUCGCCGCGGCUGGUGAUCCGGAUCUUCCAUCCUUUAAUAGCAAUUUCUCUAUUCCGUCUCUCCCUCCUUCUCCCUCCGCCGACGAAAAUGAUACAUCACGGUUAUUUUGGGUUCCCGCGAGUUUACAUCCCGAGUUGGCACCCAAGGAAUUCAAGUCAUUCCUUGAGAGUAAGGCCGAUUUGAUUAAGCGGAAAUCGGGCGAUUAUUCUGCUCUUGGGCCGGAACGUCAAGGAUCGCAAAGCAGUCUUCGUCGGAAACGGUCAAUGCUGUCGAAGCAGAUCGAUAACUCUGCAGGUUAUACAGAUGGCGCUGACAGGUUGGAGCAUCAGCGCUCACAGGCUGGUAAACGAGAUGGAAUGUUGAGUCCCAACCUGCAACAACUGGAAACCUUGGUAGAUGACUCUUCGGCCACGUCCAAAGAUACUCUGAUCCAAGGAAUGCAAAAGGCAAGCAUUGCCGCAAGCGAAGAUAAGCCAAUUCUGCCACCAGCGCCUCCAGGGCAUAGUUUGCGGCGAUCGACACGCACACAGUAUCGGAAGGGAAGUUUGAAAAAGGGCGAGAAGCCUCCCUACUCCAAACGAAUAGGCAGGGGUCUCUCGGAAUCGGCAGAUUCCGCACCAUCGAUCCUCCCCUCGCCCAAUGACGCACCAAUUCUUGGCUCUACCCGUGCUCCAUCGGAUUCAGCUCCAAAAACCCGAGCAGCACGGGCUGGAUCGGCCUCCUCUCGGAGUACGGCUUACACUCCGGGAUCAACGACCAGUUCAACAUUCGACUCGAUUAUUGACCAACCGGAAGCUGAGCAGGAAGCAUCGCAGACGCAACAGGACGCUGCAUUCAAUCAAUCAGACGUGGAGGCACAGGCAAGUGCUGCCACUUACGCCCGACAAUGGCAAUCACGCACGAACUCCAACGGCCGAUCGACGACCACCGUACCCCUAGCUGAGCAAACAGUUCCCGUUGUUGCUGAACAACAAAUCAGUGAUCCAACUCGCACGCCAUCUAACGCAUCUUCACAAACAAGUCGGUCAUCAGAACGUGUAUCAGAUCGUGAUGCCACUUCCUCACAUUCCUCCAAGACAACCUCGCCAGGUGACACGACGCCAAGCAAGCGAUCCUUGAUGGGGCCGAGUCGUCAAGGUAGAGAGACGACGCCGACCCUGAAUGAUUUCGCCAACAACCCGCAAAUGAUACCCGGAAACAGCACUCGCACAGAUAGCCUGUCUUUUAUUCCAACCAUCCCCGAAGAACGCAGAUCCGAUGACCGCAAGACGGAGGGGAAGAAAUCAAAGAAAGAUGAUGGCGGCCGGAAGUCCAGCUGGCAUUGGUUAUUGGGAAGCGAGGAGAAGGAGAAAAGGAAGGAGAAAGACAGUGAUUCAAGGAGAGCCAAGUCGAAGAUCUCAGAGAAGGUUCAUAGCAGCAACUCGCGCCCAGAAGCACCCGCUCAACAAUCAUCUCUGGAUAGCACUCCCAAAGGCCGAGAAAGUCUUAUUCUGGACCGUCUUGAUCCGAAACUCGAGGAGGAACGACGCAAGGAUGGCGUUCGAAGGGCAUCGGGAGAUAAGAAAGAAAAGGAUGGAAUUUUCUCAUCGAUAUUUGGCGGUGGGAGAAAGAAGCAUGGUGGAGAGAGUCACCAUCAUAGAAAGAACUCGUCUCGAAACCUGUCUCCUGACCCGCCAGUGCGGGAGCUGCGGGCUGAUGUGGACUAUCCUUGGACUCGUUUCUCCAUUCUGGAAGAGCGAGCGAUUUAUCGGAUGGCUCAUAUCAAGCUGGCAAACCCUCGGCGGGCUCUCUACUCUCAGGUAUUGCUGAGUAACUUCAUGUACUCAUAUCUGGAAAAAGUGCAACAGAUGCAUCCUCAGAUGGUUGUUGCCUCAGGGUCCCAGAGAUCAUCCAGGUCUCGAGAACGGGAACAACAGCAACAACAACCAGAUGAGUACCUUCAAUAUCAGCGAUACCAAGAAGCACAAGAGCAGCAACAACAACAACAACAACACUAUGGAGACAGUGGUUAUGAUGACGGGUCUAUGUAUGAUUACGAUGAUGAUCCACGCGAUCGCUACCAGGCCCACGGACAUAGUAAGCAUGGUUACGAGAACGGCCAUUCUUACGACUCGGGCCAUUACCAGUAUGAUCAUUCGUCCUUUGGAGAUGAUGUUCAACUGGAUGAUGACGAUGACGAUGAUAUGUGGUGA